AUCACUUCCUCUAACAAAGGAAAGUUCCAACCACUUCCCUUAGCUUCCUUCUUUGACCAUAACACUAUCCCAAUUCUCAAACCCUACAAUUCCCACAUUCUCAAUUUUCUUUUUUCAUUUGUCUCUGUCUCUCUCUCUUUCCAUUUGGGGAUUUUUUGGUUCCGUAACCAAAUCCUCAAAUCCUCAUACUUUGAGGUUCGAUCGUCUUAAUUAGUUUGUGGGUUUUUUAUUAAAUCACUUAUUGAUUCAGAAAGUUUCGAUUUUUUCUUGUUAUCUCUUUUGGGUUGGGAAUUUUGAUUUCUCUAAUUUCUCUAAUUAGGGUUUUUAUUAAAUCGUUGAAUUUUGUUGGGUUUCUUGUUUUGGUUAUAAAAGAUUCAAUUUUUAGUGUUGGGUAAUCGAGGAUUAUUCUUUUUGUGUUCUUCUUCUAUUCCGAUCGAUAUGGGUGCUGUCUCGGAAUCUGCUUCUGCCGAUGCUUUCAGUGAAGUGAUGUCAUCCAUGCCUGGUUUUCGCUUUCAUCCUACUGAUGAGGAGUUGGUGAUGUACUAUCUGAAAAGGAAGAUUUGUGGGAAGAAGUUGAAGUUCAACGUUAUUUGUGAAACCGAUGUCUACAAAUGGGAUCCUGAGGAUUUGCCUGAUCAAUCUUUCCUAAAAACUGGAGAUAGGCAAUGGUUCUUUUUCUGUCACAGAGAUAGGAAGUAUCCUAAUGGUGGAAGGUCUAACCGAGCAACUAGACAUGGAUACUGGAAAGCAACAGGAAAAGAUAGAAAUGUGAUAUUUAAUUCUCGGUCAGUUGGAGUUAAAAAGACACUGGUUUUCUAUUUCGGCAGAGCUCCUAGUGGUGAACGAACUGACUGGGUUAUGCAUGAAUACACCAUGGAUGAAGAAGAGCUUAAGAGAUGCCAUGAUGUUAAGGAAUAUUAUGCACUUUACAAGGUGUUCAAGAAAAGUGGUCCUGGUCCUAAGAAUGGCGAACAAUAUGGUGCACCAUUUAAAGAAGAAGACUGGGCAGAUGACAAUGUUGUAGAUUUUAAUGUUAAAGCAGCUCAGCUGGAGGCUCCAAAGGCUGUUCUUAACCCUUUUACUGAUCAGCCACAGCAGUUGGCUGUUGUUAAUCCUUUUACCGAUCAGCAGCAGCCUAUGUUUGGUGAUGAAAUGGACGAAUUCUUUAACGGGGCUUUUGAUAUUGAGCCUGUCCUUGAUCAGCAACAGUUUAAUGGUUAUGCCGACUUUCCUCAGGUGUGUGAUCUUCAACAAAGUGUGGUCAUGGGUCAAUUCUCCGAGGCCAUGAUAUUCCCUGAGGCAAGUGGGAAAUUGCAAUCUAGCGGUCAGCAUUAUGAUGCACAGUUCGUCUUUGACUUCAAUCACUCGGCUACUUCUCACUUAUCUGAAGCACCCGAGGUCACUUCUGCUCCCAACAUUCAAAGUGACGAGGGGCCCGUCUUUUACGAGGACGGCUUCUUGGAAAUUAACGACCUAAUUGAGUUUGAAGAUGGGUUGAGUGAAUUUGAACUCUACCAAGAUGCAGAGAUGUUCCUUGGUACAGCAGAAGCCAAUCAAAAUGUUGAUGAAUUCUGGAUGCAUAUUGAAAGGAACACAAGGAGUCAAACAGAAGACUACACUGGUUCUUUCUCUCAAACAAAUCCAGGUGUUGUGUGUGACUCUGUCAGCUUUCCUACUGAAAGCACUGAAAAUCAAAGAAGCACUGUGGAAGAUGUUACUACAACUACAAGUAGAUUCUCCUCUGCUCUCUGGGCCUUCGUUGAUUCAAUACCUACCACUCCGGCAUCAGCAGCCGAAAAUCCUUUGGUGAAUCGGGCUUUGAAUAGAAUGUCUAGCUUCAGCAGGGUGAAGAUCAAUCCCACAAACAUUGCUGCAGGUAUUGAAACUACAACUAUGAAGAGACCAGGCAGAAAGGGAUUCUCAUUCCUUUUCUUCCCAAUUCUUAUUGCUUUAUGUGCUUUCUUGUGGAUUUCUAUUGGAAAUUUGAGACUAUUAGGGAGAUGCAUCUCCCCUUGACUAUGUAAAUCCAAAUUUUUGCUGCUAUAUAUAUAUUUUGUCUGAGAUCUCCUCAGAAUUACUCAAAGCAGUGCUCUUCUAACAUGUUAUGAAAAUAAAAAUCUUUUAUUCGUUGUAACUUGUAAAUAUUAAAUCAAGGUAAGAGAAACCAAAUUCAGCC